AUCAGGUAAUGUUUUGACUACAUACGGGGCCGUCUGGGGUCAUGACCGGAAUUCCGGUGCAUUGUGGGAUACCUCCCUGCUCAGGUGGCUCAAAAUGGUGGAGCUUUGCCGCUUUGGACGAAUUCUGCCUGCAAAUCCACACAGAAACACGUGAAUCUAGGCUCCGUACGGUUAUAAGGUUACUUCACAAUGGAUGACCAGGACAGCUCGUCAGAGGAGUUCCCCAGCCACGGCAGGAGGAAGGCUGGGCGUCAGAGUUUCCUGACAGAUGACGUCUCAGAAGGGGAGUCAGAUGGAGCAGUAGAUUUGGAAGACGAUGAAGAGAUGGAGGAAGAUGAAUCAGGCUCUGAGAGUGGUGAGGAAGACAGUGAUGAUGAUGAGGAGGAUGAGGACAGUGUUGAUGAUGAUGAGGAGGAGGAGGACAGUGGGGAGGAAGAGGAAGGAAGUGAGGGAGAGGAAGAUGAAGAAGAGGAGGAAGAUGGACAGGCUGAGGAAGAUGGACAAGAAGAUGAGGAAGUGAAUGGAAAAACAAAUGCAACCAAUGAUGCAGUUGAUGAGGAAGUGGAGAGCUGCCCCAUCUGUCUGAAUGAGUUUGAACUGCAGGAGGUCGGAACACCCGUGAACUGUCAACACAACUUCUGUAUCGACUGUAUUCUCGAGUGGUCUAAGAAUACAAAUUCCUGUCCAGUUGACCGGAAACAGUUCAACACCGUUUUGGUACGACCCAAGUUGGGAGGCAAGGUCAUCAAAAAGCUGAAGGUGAGUGAUGUGAACCAGUUUGCGGAUGCUGCAGAGGAGGAGGAGGAGGAUAACACGUACUGCCAGGUGUGCCAUCAGCCCACCAAUGAGGACAGAAUGCUGCUGUGUGACAGCUGUGAUGCUGGAUACCACAUGGAGUGCCUUACUCCCCCUUUAGAUGCUGUCCCUAUUGAGGAAUGGUUCUGUCCACACUGUGCCCCACCUGAGAGUUCUCACGAGGAGGAGGAGGUGGCACAAACAAUACUGCUGCCUGUGCUGCCUGUUCGCCGGGCUAUCGCACGCACCAUGGCUAGCGAACGAGUCCGCGCGCGGGUGAGCCGCGUCCGAGCUGCCCGGUCAAGGGCACAGCCAUCAGGGCCGCGGUCAGCAUCCCGCCGAGGCAGGGGGCGCUCCACCUCUGCCCGAGGACAUAGCACGUCAAGGUCCACGUCACGAGGCAGGGGCAGGGGACGGGGGAGACGGCGUGGAACAACCCGACGGAAAACCACACGUUCACGGUCCACAACAACCACCAGGAAGCGGGGGACAAAGAGGAAGACGACCACAACUGGAACAACAGUCAAGAGAAGGAGGAGAAAGAAGAGAAGGAAGGGAAGGAAGGUUAAGAGAGUGGUAGUGAAGAAGGAAACUCCCACAUCUGUCAAGUCGCGACUGGCAGAGAGGCUGCAACUAGGGAGGCCCAUACCAGGAAGUUCAGUUCCAUCAGUGAAGAAGGCAGGCGACAGGAAAGCAGAUUUUGUACAGAAGCCUCUGAUGGUGUUUGGGGAUCCCAACGGUCUGCACUGCUUUGAAGACAGUGAGGGAACCUUCCCUGACGCUGCAGCUGUCCCUGUGACCAGCAGACACAGGCGUGCCCAGAUGCUGUCUAAGUCUGCUCUCAGGUCACAUCGACCUGUCAGGAGGGCCAUGCCCAUUGGAAUAGCAAGGUGAGUGGUAUGAAUCAUAAUACAG